UUUUUAAAAGUUUUUUUACUGUAUUUUUUUCAACGUAAUUAUUCAUGUUUACCAAUUCAACAAUAAUUUAAUAUUUUAUAUGAUAAAACGCAAUAUUUCUAUACCAUAUGUGAUGACAGUUUUGGAUGCCAUUGAAUUAAAAUCACCUAAAAUCAUUUGGGCAAAUAAUGAUAAACUAACCAGCUGUGACUAAGAUUAUAAUAGAAAAUUCUCAUACACCUAAAUUGCAUCACCAAUAUAACACUGAUGAUAAACAAGAUUCGAUAAAAAUAGAUUAGUCAAGGUGUUUAGUUCAUGAUUAUCAAGUUUUGUGUUGACCAGUAAAGAUGUUUCAAAAUUUGUAUCCAAUAUACCUGUUGCUUUUUACAAACUAUUUCCAACUGGGAUUGGGAGGGCAAUUGCAUAAACUAUGUCUAGACACGCCUAUUUACGAUGCCUGUCAACAAAUUGAAAGAGACCAAGAACUAAAUUGUCAAACAGUCGUGAGCAAAACGGACUGUAUUAUUGAUGCUGACCAAGGCUUACCAACAUUGACAGCAUUAACGGCCGAGGAAGCAUAUCUAGCUGCUGGAAUAGCUAAUAAUUCCGCCACCGUAAUAGCUGAAAUUGUCGGUGUUCAUAGACCUUAUCAAACCGUUGUCAUAGUAAAAUCUGGAUACUUAGGAGGAUUUGAACCACUUAGAGGCUAUAAGUACUGCCAUCCAGGUUACGAUCACGAUGAGAAAAUUUCGAAAUUGGUUUUGGAACAGCUGGAUUGGAAAGCUAUUAAUUUGGCUUGUAACAGUUCACAACCACUGAUUGAACAGAAGUUUGAAGCUCUGGCAAACACCUUUGGUUCGUCUUGUAGGCCUGGAAAGUGGACUGAGGAUCUUCAGUUGGAUGCCAAAUUAAAGAAUAAAUACUCAAGUUUAUGUCAGCUUUGUGGUACAGACGGAUGCUCCACCAAAUACACUUCACCUUUAAAUGACAGUUUGACUUGUUUAACUGAAAAUGGUGGAGAUGUUGCUUUGACAGCAUUAAGUUAUGCUGAGACCUUCUUUAGUAUCGGAGCGAAUGCACAAAAUUACCAGUAUUUGUGCCCUAAUGGAACUUUGGCGACAUCUGCUAAUCCAUGCACUUGGACUAGUCAGUUACAUAGGCUGAUAAUCACUUCUAGCGCUAGCAUGAGUGUCAUGACAACCUAUCUUAACUCCAAGCUUCCUUCUUACGUUAUUAAUGGUACCGGAACCUCAAGUUCCAUUGAACCACAUUUAGCCAGAUUAUUAAACCUAAGAAACAGGGAUCAAAUUAAUAUUAUAUCUCCUACACUGCUUAACACUUAUGUUUCCGCAAGAAGAUCAGUAGCAACAUAUGAGGAGAAUGUCAAGUGUAACUUGUCUUUAAAAUGGUCUGUGACAGACAAUCUCGAAUUUAAUAAGUGUUUGUGGUUACAGCAAGCAUCCUUGUCAAGUGGCAUUCAACCUGUGAUAUCGUGUAUUAAAAGCAGUGACAAUUCAACUGUUUCUAACUUAAAUAACAUUAAAAAUGGAGAUGCUGAUUUGGCUUUUGCAGAUGCUAACUUUGGAUAUAUUGCUAGAAAGAAAAACCUAACAAACGUAGCUUACCCAGAAACUGUCUCAAAACAACUUUCCAAAAUCGUUAUUGUUGUGAAAAACAAUACUACUUGGUACAACGGCACAAAAUCACUGGAAGGAAAACGCAUCUGUCUUCCUGAAUAUGGUGGCAAAGAAUGGCUGGCAUUCAUCGACUUGCUGCGUAAAAAUAAGGUUGUUCAAGACAGUUGCAAUUACGCUCAAAUUUUCAGCGCAUUUGUUGGAGAAUCAUGUGCUCCGGGCGCUAACGCUGCUGAAAACGAACUUGACAUUCCCGAUACUGAUUAUCAAAAGUUGUGUAAAAACUGUUACCCAUCAAACCUAACAACUACUGCUGCAUACUGUAAUGCUGAUGCAAAUAAUAAAUAUUACGACAGUCUUGGUGCACUUAAAUGCCUGGAGGAAGCCAACGGUGAUUAUGCCGUUAUAGCUAUAAAUGAUUUACCACAUUACAUUAUUGAAAACACUACUUACCAGGAACAAUUCAAGGUGAUUUGCAAGAAUGAGUCACUGGCAGCUUAUAAUGGGUUUAAUGUAGAUGAAGAGGCGCCAAUCACCAUCAUAGUCGCCGGAGAAGUCGUCGCUAAGAAUGGUUCCUCAAAAUUAAACGAUAUUAUUUCUUAUCUAAAUGAAGUCGAAAUUGUUUUUGGUCAGAAACUGGAGAAGUCAUUUAAGGUGUUCGACUCCUUUAACCACACAAAGAAUUUGCUUUUCCCUGACUCUACACCCGGACUGACUUUUGGCGAAACCACAAACAAGUACAUCGAAAACUACGUUACUCUACUGAGAAACUCUGAAAAUUGUAAUGUGGGCAACAACACGAGCGGUACAAAUCAAAUUGUUAUUCCGUCCUUAUUCAUUGGUCUCAUGUAUAUUACGGCUCGAUUAUUCUAGGUUAUCAAGUCAUUUUUUGUAACUAGUAUUUAAGUUUAAAAUUCUAAAAAAUUAUGCAUGCCUUUUUUCCAUAUUUUUUCUUUUCAGACAAAUUCCUAAAUUAAUUAGUUUAUUUUAGAAUUUCUUUUUUCUUGAAAUUUUGUAUUUUUAUAAUUAUCUCUUUCUCUUGAAGUAUUUAUUUCGUUUUGUUUGUAGCAAUUUCCAAUUUAUACCCUACUUUAUUUAUUUGAGAAUUCUUACUUUUGUAUCUGACCUCUAUGACUUUUUUACUUAUAUCAGCAUUUGGAUAUCAAUAAUGUGCCUUUAAUAUUAAGUCGGAUUUAUAUGUAAGUAUUAUAGUAUUAUAGGUAAUGUUAAAAAAAUAUAUAGAAUUUUCACACACAUUUUUCAUAUAAAUAUAGAAUUUAAAGUUUAUCCUUUUUAGUAAUAUUUAUAAAUUCCAGGAUGUUGCUACGGUAUAGAAUUUAUUAUUUCUGUUAAAUCAUGCGGUUGUGAUAAUAAUAUAUUCAGAUUUUUAUAUUUCUUAAAUAAUUGAUACACUACAGUAUUUAUUGUAUAUAAAUAAAAUGUAUAUACGAAUAAAUAAAUACGCCUUAAUGAAUGAGUAUUCUAACUUUAUAUUCAGAAAUGCCUUUGAAAAUUUUGAUAAAACGUUUUUGAUAUGAAAAGGACGUGAAAUAUUGUCAAUAAAUUAUUUGUACUUUUUGAAUCAAUAUACAAUUUGUUAUAAAUCUCACUUUCUCUGAUGCUACUACCUACCAGGAUACCAUUAAAGUCUAGAGGCUCUCGGGCAAGCUCGGCUUAAUACUCGGGUUUCGGAUCCGCGCAUCAAUUCAAAAUGGGCGACGAGUCCCUGAUAUUAUGCAACGAAUCAUACUUUAAAAGGUUUGCCUUUUAAAGCGUUUAAAACUUUUGAGUUCCAUAUAAUUCUUUUAUUCAUUGGUGUUUAUAUUUUUCUUAUGGUGUGUUACAUACCUAUGUGAAAAAUAUAAUGUAAUCUCAAUAUAAUUAAUUGGUUACUUUAAAACUUAUUAUUAAAUAAAUUGCUCUUAAGAUUUGUAGGUAUAAAGACAUUAAAAAAAUAAAUUUGUUUGACAAAACAUUUUUAUUUAUUUAUUAAGUAUAGUCCGAGGGCCAAUUACAGACACCGAUAUAUAUAUCGCUUUCCCGGUGGAACAUCGACCUAAGCGAAAAUUAUAAAGUUUUGAGAAAAUGAUGUUUUAAUAUUUUUUUAGAUAUCUAUGUUAAUUUUUUGUUAAAUAAUUUAGCAGAAUUUUGUUGCAAAUAAUUUCGAGGUUAAGAAUAAUCUUAAUAAAUAAUUCUGCAUAAUC